UGAGCAGUUUUUAUAUUUGAGAAAGACCAUCUACAGUACCUUCAAAUAUGAAGUUUAUUGUUACUUUAUCAGUGACAACAAUGAUUGUUCUCUGUCUUCUCGCAAAUACUGCAAAGACCAAUGCUGCUUCUGCUGAAGGAAGAGAGCCCAACUGUGACAUAGGUACAGCAAGAUGCCCACGAAAUUACGAUCCUGUGUGUGGUAAUGAUCAACAUACAUAUGACAAUGAAUGUGUGCUAUGUAUGGAAAACCGAAAGAAGAACAUUCAUAUUAAAAUCACCAAAAAUGAAAGAUGCUGAAGAAUGUGAUUUUGUCAUUGUUAAAUACAAGCCAAGGUCACCUUACACUCCCUAUGUAGAGCUUUGUUGAUUAAUAUAAUUACUUAAUUGCUGUCUGGUAUAUUUCAUGCAUUUAAAUGUAUUAUUUGCAGUGGUGAUUGUUCUGAGCUUUCAUCCAACUAAAUGCAAAUAAGAAUACUGUAGACGUCUAAACUUUGAGCAGAAGAUUGUCUCAUCAAGGCUAAUUUACUUACAUCUUAAUGUUAAAACAAUAUAUAGUAAAAAAAAUGCACAUGUAACUUGUUUAUUAUAGCACAAUCAUAACCAGCAUCAUGAUGUUGUGACAAUUGUACUAUUUUGGACCUUACUACAAUGUUCAUAGUUUUACAUUACGUCAAAUAAGGCAUCUGGAAAUUCAUUAAUAAACUCAUUCCAAAUAAAGGGAACACUUUCAAUAUAAGUGAGAUUGCUCAUUGGUAUCUAUUUUAAUUUUAAUUUUACAUA